AUGUGUACUAGUCACCAUCUAUGGGAGAAACAUUUGAAGCAGAAGUGGGGUAAAGUUCUUGUUGAAUAUGCUUACCAACAAUGGCAAUCUAAACUGACCUUCUAUUUAGUUCUGAAUAAUUAUGGACGCAAUGAUUUGUUAUGUUCUCAUGCUAAGGUUAAAUAUGAUUACAGAACUAAUACCUUUGUAACAAGGUAUCCUUCUGAGGAUCGGGAAAGGACUGAGGUAAAUAUAGAAUGGCAUAAGCAUAGACGACCACAGCUGGGCACUCUUCCAUAUAUGCUUCAUGUUUCUGAUUGUUUAAACGAGUUAAAACCGGGUGACCAUAUUGAGAUCAAACGGAGAAGAAGCAAUGAAUUACCUUAUGGUUGGCGGUAUGCCGUUAUUGGUCAUUUGGAGUAUUGUGAUGGUAGUGAGAAUCACUGCAGUUGUCAGCACAGUGGAGGGUAUUGCUUGAACUCCACUACUAAUGUAUCUGCUAGCAAAGAUCUCGUAGUUGUGAGAUGA